AUGAGGCAGAGUCGCAGAGACUGGGCGGCUGAGUCAUCACGGUUGCCCGGCUGCAGCAGCUCCUAUACCUUGCUCUCUGCAUCUACAGGUGCAUGCUCUCAAGACCUUCCUGUUGACGUACCUGGCAGCAGCGGGGGUGCGGGGGCUUGCGGAAACUGUGAAGCCAGCAAUGGGGUUGCAUGCCACCGCCGCGCACGCCGCAGGGCUGCUUGUCUACAGGUAGAUUCAACCUGUGCAGGCUGGAGUGGCGCAUGUGCGGAGUCUAGGAUAGCGCAUGUUGACGAAUCCUCUGGGGCUUGUAACGGUUCUGCCGCUUUGGUUCGUGCUGCUGAGGCCCAGCCCAGCAGUUUUGGGGCGGCAGCACGUCGGAUUUGCAGAAGCACACUUCCACCCGUUUCCUUCACGAUGCCCUGCCGGAAGUGCAUUUGGUUACAUGCCCGUCGAGUGCUCCCUAGAGGUGCCUGGGUGCUUUCUCUGCUUGUUGGAAUAUGGCUAACCGUCUGCUGCUCCCGAGGAUGUUUGGCAUUUCGAGAGGUGGCAGCAGCAACUGAUUCUGGUUCCCCCGACUGCCCUCUCAUGCACUCCAGCUGCCUAAUCAACUACACUGUCCCAGCCCCAGACUACUUCUACCGCAGGCGAAAUCAGGCUCCAGCCUUCCCCAUUUCAAUUCAGGGUCCACUAGAUGGACAGCAGCAUCGCCCGCAGCAGGCGGCCGAGCAAGAGCAGCAGGAGGAGCAGCAGCAACAGCGAGUGAGGUUUUCUGGUGAUUCAACUUCGAAGGCGCCACUAGUGGUAGCCGGUGACCAGCAAGUUGAGGAUGCGAAGGUGUUGAGUCAGUCGGAGGUGUUUGAUUUCGCCGUGAGGCGGUUGCAAGGCAUAGGGGGUUUAUUUGGGUCGCAGCGCUCCGGGUCUGGGAGCGGCAAUUCGUCUGGCGGAGCUGACGUGGGAGGUGGAGGGGGGCGGCGUCGGUCUACGCAGCCCCCAGCUUUGUCUCUGGAGUUGGGGGACCCUUUGGAGGGUGGCGGAGGGCGCGGCUCGCGGCCUCUCCUGGAGAGCAAUGGCUUGAUCUGCGAAGACGACGAGCGCGUUGAGGACUUUGGUGUGAAAUGCCGGCUAAUAGCGCGAUCUCUUGGGGGUCGUUUGGGUUGUGAAAAGCGGCUUAUUGACAUAUCUCCAGACGGGAGACUGCCUGCAAACAUUCCGGCCUUCAGUCGCGUCGCAGACGCCUGCCCCAUGACCUGCGGUCUCUGCGAGGAAUGCGCUCCCGGAUGCGCCCUUUGGUUCCUCGGAAACACUCUUUGUGAUGAGGUCUGCAACAACGCUGCCUGCCAAUUCGACGGAGGAGACUGCUGGAGCGCGGACUGCGUUGUAGGGCCCUGGGCAGAGUGGUCGCCUUGCAGUGUCACUUGCGGGGGCCCCGGUACAGAGCGCAGACGCAGAGAGGUCAAAAGCAGAGCUAAACAAGGAGGGGCCCCUUGCCCCAAACUCGAGGAGACACGUGAAGGUUGCAAUGCAGAGGUGCCCUGCCCCAGCCACUGUCAGGUGGGCCCGUGGACUGAUUGGUCCGCAUGCUCCGAAUCUUGUGGACCCGGACUCAGCGUACGGGAGAGGCCGGUGCUGAAAGAGCCAGACGUAAAAGGCAAGCUGCUGCUGUUGUCUGCCUUCACCGCAGCGUUGCAGAAAUCAGGGCUGCCGCUUUUUUCUCUGUUGCUUGAGGCUGUCCCUCGGGUGUUUAGCCAAGCUUGUCCCGAACUCCAACAAGAGCGCCGAUGCUACCUGACUUCUUGCGCUUCAGACUGCCGCGUGAGCGAGUGGACGGAAUGGUCUGCAUGUGGGGCCUCCUGCGGCGGGGGCCAGCAGACGCGCCAGCGCAGCGUGCUGUCUCCCCCCGUAGAAGACGGGGAGCCAUGCCCUGAAUUGCUGGAGACGAGAGAGUGCAACACUUUCUCUUGCGACGGCGGCUGCCACCUGGGGGACUGGAGCGAAUGGACAGAAUGCAGCAAACCUUGUGAGGGCGGCAGCAAAACAAGAACAAGGACUGUUCUCGCGCUCGAGCCAGACGCGGACUGUCCCCCCAGUUCGCAAACAGCUCCCUGCAACCUACAUGAUUGCGCCAUUGACUGCCUUGCCUCUGAGUGGAGCCCGUGGACUCCGUGCAACGUGCCCUGCGGUGUGGGGACGCAGCGCCGCAUGCGGGAAGUGCUAGAAGCUCCAAAGGGGGCAGGCGAGCAGUGUCCCCUUCUCGACCAGCUACGGCCGUGCGACCGCGGCCCUUGCAAGGUGGACUGCCUCCUUAGCGAGUGGUCUGCAUGGAGUGAGUGCUCCCACCCCUGCGGUCUGGGCGAGCAACACAGAAGCAGGCAGGUGCUAGAGGCCCCAACAAACACGGGAAGCCCUUGCGGCACCUUGGAGGAGACGAGGCCGUGCGGGAGCCACUGCCCCCCUAAGUGUAUCCUCAGCGACUGGACGGAAUGGGCGUCAUGCAGCGCCCUGUGCCAGCAGGUUGGGGUGACAAACCCCACAACUACGCGGAGCCGCGUUGUGCUUCUAGAGGCUGUGGACUGCCCAAACCCUUCGAGUCUGUCGGAGUCUUUACUUUGUUCCACUCUGGGUUUCCGUUGCGACGUGGACUGCCAGGUGGGGCCUUGGUCUCAGUGGUCUGCAUGCAGCAGGCCCUGCGGGGGAGGAAGCCGUCGGCGCACUCGCGAGAUUACGCGGGUUCCCCAGGGGAACGGAAAGGCUUGCAGAGACCUUGUUGAGGAAGCGCCCUGCGCCACAACACCCUGCGAGGCCAUGGUAGGGCAGGCGGUGCCGGACUGUGUCUGGGGAGAGUGGUCUGAGUACGGGCCUUGCGAUGCCACCUGCGGGCCCGGCCGCAGGCUUUCCUCUCGCGUCGUCCUCGCCUUCCCUAAAGACGCCAGUGGCAGAGUCUUGCAGCACCUCUGUCCAGAAUCCGAGCGGUUUGAAGCAUGUCAGGGACCUCCAUGCCCUGUAGAUUGCCAGGUGACUGCCUGGGGGGCCUGGAGCAGCUGCACUACCACCUGCGGGGGCGGUCAGCAGCAGCGCCAGAGGUCAGUGGUGCGACAGCCGGCCAACGGCGGCCGCGAGUGUCCCGUGCUCACGGAAACCCAAGUAUGCGGGUCGUAUCCGUGUCCGAAGGACUGUGAGAUGUCCCCUUGGAGUGAAUGGUCAACAUGCUCCGCUAUCUGUGGGGAGGGGAAGACCUUCCGCUCACGGCGCAUCACCUCAGCCGCCUCUGUGGAUCCUCCAGGACUGGUCUGCGGUGCAACUCGAGAGGACGCCGCCUGCUUUUCCCCUGCAGGUCCCUGUCCCUCGGACUGCGAGCUGGGGGAGUGGAGCGAAUGGAGCGACUGCUCUGCUCUCUGUGGUGGUGGCACCCGACAGCGCUUUCGCCGAGUGGAGGCCUUUGAGGUGGGAGGGGGCAGACCUUGCACUGGCAGUAAGGAAGACACAGAGGCCUGCAACCUGCAGCCCUGCGAGCCCUCCUGCCCCGUGAGCGAAUGGAGUGAAUGGACAGAGUGUUCUUCCCCUUGUCUCCCUCCGGAUGGCAGCGAGACGACCCGGCGCCGCUAUAGAGAGAUCUUGAGGGAGCCACCGCCCCAUGCAAGGGGCAUAUGUCCCCCAGUUGAAGAAGUCCAACGCGGCUGCAACGCAGAUAUCCCCUGCCCUGUAAACUGCGCGUACACACCGUGGAGUAGUUGGGGAGAUUGCGAGGGAGAGUGCGACGUGGGCAAGCAGCGGAGAAUCCGACGCAUCCUAUCGGAAGCGAAGUUUGGGGGCGAACCUUGCAUGGAGACAGAACAAACAGCAGACUGCUCUGUGGAUAAACCGUGCAUCAGAGACUGUCUCCUCAGCAGCUGGUCCGAAUGGGGUACCUGUAGCGCCACUUGUGGAGGCGGCUACAAGCAGAGACACAGAGAGGUUGUGGAGGCGCCAAUAAACGGCGGCGAUCCUUGCGAUUCGCUUGAGGAAUUUGAGCCCUGCGCCGAGUUCAGCUGCUUUGGCUCGGACUGCAAGGUAUCUGAGUGGGGCGAAUGGGGAGCCUGUACCAAGGAGUGCGGCGGAGGCGUCCACACUCGGGAGAGACAGGUGCUGCUGCCGCGAACGGGGAAUGGAGCUGACUGCCCAGAGCUGCAGCAGCGCAGGGGCUGUGGCCUCCACCGCUGUCCUGGCGUUCCGUGUGAAGACAGCCCAGACGUGCCUUUGUUGACCGGGGUGGAGUGCAAGGUGCUGCUGGCGAUGGGCUGCCACCGACGGCUGCAGGAACUGGCGGAGGAGAACAAUCAACCGUUUCCCGACGACCUGCCGCCCGAAGUCCGCGUCAGCGACGCCUGCCCCAAGACAUGCGGGGUCUGCGCUGAGUGCGCCCCUGGCUGCCAGUUGAGAGACCUUGGAAACAGGCACUGCGACGAACCCUGUAACAAUGAGGCCUGCCAGAUGGACUUGGGUGACUGCGGCGGGGAUUGCGCCCUCGGGCGGCUGCCCCCAGGAAUACGACUGGAGCCCGCAACCUCUAUGAUGACCGAAGGCCAAACCCUCAUAGCGAGCUGUGCAGACCCAGACAUGCGCCUGUCUCCUUUCUCUUCCAUGAGGCAGCUAGCCAUCACAUGCGUGGGCAAAGGCGAGUUCACUCUCGAACCUCCUGACCUCCCUCUGAAAAAGGACGAGGAAGAAGCCUUGGUGCUUCCCUCGUGCGCUCCAGACCCCUGUCCCUUCAUUGUUGUCAGUGGAUUUACUGGAGACGCUGCUGUUUUCAAUGGCAUCUUCCUAAGAGGGGACCCCCACGGCAGUCUGCCCCGUUUCCUACAAGACACUCUUGGCCCAUCUGCUCACUUUCUGUGGGCACAGGAAACUCCCCCGACAGUAAACAAACCAAUCAAACGCCUUAUUUGGCGCAUCACUCAGGCGGACCCCAACGCCGCUGCCCCAAACUCAGGACUAACAGCAGCAGCAACCGGGGGGGACUGUGUUGCAGAGGCGGCUGGAGGUGAUGCGGCUGUUGGGUGCACAGACAGCUGGGAGGUGGGCGUCGCUGGGACACAAAACGGCAGCAAACCCCUUCAAGCCACCUUUAAAUGCAUUGAUGAGGAGACGCGCUCACAGCUGGAAGCGCAGCAGCUGGGACCAGAUGAAUCUGAAGAAGAGGAGGCAGUGCCGCAGGGUCCCCCUGUGACUGUAGUUGCCGGAGUGGAGAUGGUGUGCGAAGACCAACAGGAGGUGCAGGAAAAGUCCGGCAAAUCCUGUGAGGCCCUGAAGAAGAUGCUCAAGUGCGACUUCUUACUGGCAGAUGCGGGAGUGGACCUCCCCUCCUUUUUACCACCAGACGCCACCCUUGCACUCGCCUGCCCUCAGACGUGUGGGCUCUGCAAGCAGUGCUCUAGAGGCUGUCCCUUAUGGUUCCUCGGGAAUAGGUACUGCGACCAAGCCUGUAACGUUGCCGCCUGUCAGUUCGACAAAGGCGACUGUGGAAGCGCUGGCAAGGUUGGCGCAGCUCCGCAGCAAGAAGCAGAGGAUACCUACGAAGACGACGAAGAAGAAUUCGUUGCUAUGAGCCCUCACGAAUUAGACAAGCAGCAACAGCAUAAGCAAUACGAGGAAGAAGAGGAGGACGAUCCCGCAACAGCCUGCGAAGACGACCCUCAGGUCAAGGCUAUGGGAUUCACCUGCAAGGUUCUUUACGCGGUCGCGGAAGGGACACCUGAGGGCUGCAACAGUCGCCUGCAGGAUUUGCGCCCAGACGAAGCCCUUCCACCUGGAGUGCCACCUAUCACAAGGGUUAAAGAUGCCUGUCCCAAGACCUGUAGAGCUUGCAACGAUCCUGACAGACUCCGCCGCCCUGGUUCGCGGACAACCGAUUCGGCGUCGUGCCAAGACGAUCCUCUGGUGGCUGAGAUGGGCUAUAGCUGUAAGCUUCUGCUGGCUGUUGCUGAAGAGGACGGGGAAGGGUGCGAAGCAAGGCUAGUAGACCUCAAGCCAGACCAAACACUGCCGCCUGGGAUCCCCCACCAAACGAGGGUUAAGGAUGCUUGCCCCAAGACGUGCAAUGCAUGCGACGACCCCACGAGGCUACAGCGGCCUUCAACCCCCCCUGGAGCUGCGUGUACGGACUUUGAGUUUGUGGGGGAGGCAGGCUCCUCAUGCAAGUUGCUGUUGACACUUGCUCAGUCCCAGGGACUUGGGGGAUGUUCAGCUCCCCUUUCGGCUUUGCUAGAGGAGAAGCAUUGGCCCCAGGGAACCCCAUCUGACAUUACACUUGGUGAUGCGUGCCCUCACACAUGUGACUACUGUGAAGAGUCAGUGCUGACGCGACUUCGCCCGCCACUAGAGGAGGAACCUAGCUGCCUCGGAGGCUGCUGUGACAACAAAAUGGUGGAGCAAGAAACAGGCUACACCUGUCGGCAAAUUAAGGACUUUUUAAACGGCGACUGCUCGGUGGAGCUGGAGUCUCUCUCUAGCACACCUCUGCCUCCCGACGUUCCCAAAGGCGCUACGCUCCGAGACGCCUGUCCGUACACCUGCGGAGCUUGUCCAGCUCAGAAGUGCGUAGAUAAUCCAAUGGUCGAACAAAUGGGAUAUUCAUGCGAGAUGCUGAUUGCGGCUGCAGAAGGCAGAGGAGGCUGUGAGGCCCUGCUAUCCUCCCUCAGCGGAGAACCGCUGCCAGCAGGAGUCCCUCCCACCACGCGAGUCCGUGACGCAUGCCUCAAGUCCUGUAAUGCGUGUCCUCCUCUCGUUGCUGGCGCCGAAGGGCCGGAAGCAGCAACCGCUACAGGCGGUGUAGCAACACCAUCAGACUGCUUCGACGACGGGCGCCUCCCCCAACUGGGGUAUUCCUGCGCAAUGCUGCUUGACUUCGCAAGCAAGGGCUGUGAAACGACUCUGGGAGAGCUGCUGCCCCAGUCUCUCUCUCUUCCCCGCCAUCUGCAUCGCCACGACAUGAUCAAAGACUUCUGCCCCAAGACCUGCGGGCUCUGCGGAAGCUCACUUGGGGGAGGAGGGACGGUAGACGCAGCCGGACGGCGCCGAAGCUGCCGCAACAACCCCAUGGUAGAGAGGGCGGGCCUCAGCUGCGCCCUUCUGGUGAAGGCGUCCCCUCUUGGCUGCAACGCUAAGCUGUCAGAUCUCAGCGAUGAUCCACUGCCCCCAGGGGUUCCCCCAAGCGCCACCGUGCGGGACGCGUGCAUGCUUGACUGCGGAGGCUGCAUAGAUGUCCCCACCUGUUUCGAUGGCUUCCAGAAUGGAGACGAGGAAGGCAUUGAUUGCGGAGGCCGCUGCAGGCCUUGCGCCCCCUGUGAUCCAUCUCCACUUAAAGCCCUUGGAGAAGGCGUCAUUCAGGAGGGCAGAGGUACUGCCCACGGGGCCACUCGCCGACUUUCGUGCCGCGCUGAAUUCGUGCGUGUAGCAGGCAGAAACGGAGAAGAGGUCAUCUGCCAAGAUGGAACGUUCAGCAAGCCGAAACUCCGCUGCGAACCCAGAACAGUCACCGUUCAGUAUAUCAAGGCUUACAUACGAAACGCAGGGGAUCUGCAGUACCGGGCGGUUCCUGCUCUGUUUGCUGCACUUUCCGCUGCCCUGAGGGUGCAACCGCCAGAUGAGUUGAGGCUAUUGGCGGUAGGGCUCGACCGAAGAAAUGACGGCUUGAGGGCCUCGGGAGUUUGCGAGGACGACCCCCGUGUAGCCGAAAUGGGGUAUAGCUGCGCCAUGAUGGAAGCGUUCUGUGACUCCAAGCUUCACGAUCUGGCAGCUGCUCAAAAAAAGCAGCUGCCUGACUGGCUUCCGAAGGAAGCCAGGGUUAAGGACGCAUAUAACCGUCGGCGGCUCCAGGCUGUCUUAGGGUCUCCGUUGUCGUCCUGUCCAUUGCUCAUCGACGCCGGGGUCCUCUGGACUAGAACAGCGGUGCCAUUUUCAAGCUUGCUUACAGAUGAUCUCCCGGAAAGAUUUUUAUCGGCCUUGAAGCAGCAGUUCAUAGAGAGAGGAGUGACAUUGAUAGAUCCUACCGACAAAUCCCUCGUCUCAGCUGCCAUGGCCCUCACCUCACGCCCCUUCACCUUCGCAGUAGAAGGCACUGAACAACGACGGUUACCGAUAGCCCUCUGGGAAAGCGGCUUUGGGUCGUAUUCGCCAGCUUCUCACUCUAAAGCUAUCUUCGCCGCUGCUGGACUGCCAAUACCGUCGUCUCAGGCAGUUGAUUUGCCCCGCAUCCUCGACCGGGAUGGAAGAAGACCAGGGCCUCCUUCUUAUGCCUCAGUGGACUAUUCAUUUGGGGAAGCUCCACCCGUGCAUAUGCCUCUUCCACCCGGAGUAAGCACUUUGCGCGGAGCUUGUUUUGACCCUCUGAGCUACCGAUCCGACGCCAACAGCUGCUGCAGCCUCCAAGAAGAGCUGCAGGUCUUUGUCGAUGGACCUUGUGGAGCUCUGCUGUACGGUCGCCGGCUGACACAGGAGACAGUUGCGGCAUUCUGUGAGAAGCCCGUGGAGGGUCGGUACUGCUGGGCGUCCUUCCUCUCUCGUGUGGACAGUCACAAAGGUCGGAAUGGGGCUGCAUGCGACCUCGUGCAAGCUGUUGAAGCCGUGGUAGAAGCAUGGUGUUACAAGGACAACACGAGCAACGCCUCCAGGUACUGCUUUGCUCAAGUGGAAGAGGCACUGGAGGCUGCUGACCUUCGUUCCCUUGGCUCAAAGACGUCAAGCCAACUAGAUGAUAUCUGCGGGGAAACAAGCUGUUUCAGGAGCAAUCUGAGGUAUCUUGACAACAUGACCUUCCUUCAAACUUCGUGGCAGCUCCUACACGCACCGACAGAUGAAGGGAGGCAAGUGGACGUCUCUGCAUCUCCGGCAGAACCCUCCAGGUCUUUCGAUAGAGUUACGGAAGCUGCGGCUGCUGCGGCUCGAAGGCUUGAAGGAAGGCCAAACGUGGGUACCACCUCUAGUAAGGGAUUCUAUCAACACACUCGCCGGGUUCUUGACGCCCGCGAGAGGGCGCAGUACCACAUGCAAGCGGCGGUCUCCGCGGCAGCCGUUUUCAGUGGCUUGCAAGCACAAACCGACACAAGCAUCAGGACUCCGCCUGAGAGACGGCAGUACAGUCUAGGGACGGCGCCUAGAAGGCGCCUAGGCACCUUAUCCCGAUUCCAAGGCCCUCUGACGGAAACUCUUGAAGAAGGCCUGAAUCUCGUGUGCACAAAGGUUGAGAACGACUACUGCCAGCAGACCCUCGUCCUGCUCGCCCAAGAAAGCCCAAUAAGAACUCCAUCUCUUCUUUUGGAACCAUGCGCUAGCCGCUGUUUUGUUCCGUUAACUGGGGCUGUUGGGGCAAUAGUGGAAGCCUACGGGGAGAGAUACAGAGAUCCUUGGCAUUCUUUGCUGGGCUCCGUGAUGAGAGCCUACGGGCGGUUCUAUUGCGUCACUAACGAAAGGGGAGACUUCUGUGGGAGGCACUUCUUUGACAGGUACCGAGCAGCAAACCCACACAAAGUGGCUGCGCAAGGACUGGAGGUGCCUCUCCCAGAUUGUCAGUGCCCCCACUCUUUCCUCCAAGAUGGGCAGUGCGACCCCGAAUGCUUUAACGAAGCCUGCGGAUGGGACGGCCGGGAUUGCCUGCCUUCAUCAAUGUUUCCUCAACUACACGCUGCUGUUUCCUCCCUCGUAGACCCUACAUGUAGCCUUUACCACCCGGACUUUGAGUGUGGUGGCAAGUGCUUCAAGCAGUACGAGACAGCUAGGGGUGUUGGGGGAAGCGGCUGUUGCUUGGGGAUGGGCCUGGAUAUCUUAGGGGCCGUAGCAGCGGCUGAGGCAGCCCAUCCACUUGGCGAGGUCCCUUGGAAGGUCAGGCGCACGGUGGCAUUUGCAGAGCAAAUAUGCGGAGCUGCAGCAGACAGGACUUGCAGUCUCGGUGAGCCGAGGCCGCAGUUGCAUUUAGAGCUGCGCGUGGUUGGGCUCAACUCCCAGGUCACCCUUACAGACGCCGGGAAAGUAGAUGAGAUCUUCAAGGCCCUUGGCACAGCCCUCACCAGGAAGGUGGGGCUAGUAGAAAGGGAUAUUGCACGUCAUUUUGCCAGGGCAGACCCGCGAGGCGUCACUAUAGAGUUUAUCCUUGACGCAGGGAGGGAUCACGCAGCCCGAGUUGCUCAGCUCCUGCGACAACCAGUAAGCGCAGCACUCUCUGCAGCUGUCUCCCUUGAGAACAGUUUAGUGAAGGAAGUAGAGUCGGCUGCGCUUCGCCAAUUGGGCCGUAUAUCCCUCGCUCCUUACCUAGAUCUCGAAAAUGGCAUACUAGGAGUGGAAUUCGUGCCGGACUCACUGGAAGAGGAGCAAAUAACUUCGCCUGCCGCAGGGCUCGGCCCCCAGCCUCCAAGAAGAGGUGAUGAAGGCCUUCACGAGCUCCCAUUGCAGCUCCCCCCCGAGCCCUGCACUGAGGCAUCCUUUGCAUCACUGGGCCCGCGAUAUACGGAAAUAAAGAGAACGGGGUUGUCAGGUAAAGGCGACCCAGAAGUGGUGGUGGUUGCUUGUGGUUUGGGGUACUUACCAACUCGAGGUCGAGGGGCAGAUUUGGGUCGGGCUGUUUGCGACAAUGGAAAGUGGGUGCUUGAGGACGGUCUUGACUGCCGCCGGACAUGUAUGGACCGCCCUGUCUCCUACUUAUACCCACAAGGAGCUUAUAUUGUUUCCGGACCAGGCUGGAGUCUCCAUGGCCGAGCAGCACCGCGUACUUUGCAGGCGGAAGCAGAACAAAUUCCCUCUAUGGUAUACCACGGAACAACGACAGCCAGCACUGCCACUCAUGGCGCUUCCCACGGCUCUGCUGUAUUCGUCCGUUGCGCUGAGGGGUUUGCCGCUGGUAGGGGUCAAGAGGGCUCGUGGUUAAAGUGUAUUGACGGUGAAUGGAAGAUGCAAAGACCGACGUUCACAUGCCAUCGGCUCUGUCCUGAGUUUGAACAACUGGGAAACGCCUACGUGGUUACAGGAGAGGGACAACACCAGGGAGACGAACGCGAAGUGUCGUGCAGCCGAGGCUACUACCCGCAGAGGCGUGUUCACCGCCUUGUUUGCUCUGAGGGUAGCUGGUCGGCCCUCCCCUUCAGAUGCUCACGAGCGAUGACCCCAGAUCUCCGGGAAGGGGUAGGCGGAUUCCAGAAAAUUUUGCAGCAAAUGUUCAGUCGCGAAGGCAUUCUUGGCUUUAUUGCUUUCUCUAUUCUCGUCCUUGCAGCUACUCUUAUUGUAAUCCUUUGCUGGCUCUUCUGCUGCCGCGGCCGUGCCCACCGUCGGCAGCGCGAGAGGGCAGAGGCUUUGCAGGCUUUGAAGCUGGCGGGCGUGCCCAUGAGCGAGUUGGCUGCAGUCGCAAAGGCCAGACUGUGCAUGCCAACCGGAUCUUCCUGUGCUUCUUCUGUGAAUGCAAGCAACUUCAGCUCGCCCCUUCGUUCCAAUAAAAGACGCAGGAGCGGCAAAACCAGUAGAAGUGACUGCAGUGCAACUAACUGCCAAGAAAUGGUUGACCUGAGCCGUCGAAUACCUGCCCGGCCUCCAGGAGAUGCUGUCGUGCCACCCCCGAGUGAGGCGCCCCCAACAGGGCGCAGCAGCCAGAGAGACCCAGAUGAAUCGACUCCUGUCCCCGAGUGGCUCGCAGAGGAAUGUGUCUUGCCUGCACAAGCCGUCCGCAGGGCAACAGAUCCCAGAUGCUAUUCAGCUGCCCCAGCCACCACGAGCAGCCUAAGCAGUACCCCUGGCUCAACCAUACCAUGCACCAACCCUUGCAGCCAUAGAGUAGCCCAUGCGACUCAUCGUGGGGCUCGUUUGUCAGAAAAUGCACAUGAGGCAUCUUCAGAAGACACCGACGCUGAGGUCGAGCUGAUGCACAGUUGUGAAGAGGAAGCAGCAGUCGCAUCGCUUCGAGGAGGUGCUGCGGAGAAAGAAUCCCAUGGGAAUGGUGCGACAAGCAUCCAGGGCCCAGCUGCCACUCCAAGUUUGCCCUGUAGCACAGGAGCCAAGUGA